ACCGUCUUUCUCACCUUACUAAUUUUAUUUUGUUUUUAUCGAUGGACGGACGGAUAAGCGGCGGAGACGCGUGUGUUUUGCCCAAUGUUCGGAAGAGUGUUUCAGCGCAAACCACCUCUGCUGCGGCGAAGUGUUUUGUCCCACCAUCGUCAACGUCGACCCACGAUACACAACUGUUGAAAUUGUUUGGAAAGUAAAGUAAAGUAACGCAACGAAAACAUCCCUUUCAAGAUGAACUCCACCUCCCUCCCCGCCAUCCUCCAACCCAAGGAGGAGGACAUCCAGAUGAUGUUGUCCGCCGGUGUCCACACCGGAACCCGAAACUCCGACUCCGCCAUGGAAGACUACAUCUGGCGCCGCCGAAACGACGGUGUCCACAUCCUCAACAUCGGCAAGACCUGGGAAAAGCUCAUGCUUGCCGCCCGUGUGAUUGUGGCCAUCGAAAACCCCGAGGACGUCAUUGCCAUCUCCGCCCGCCCCUACGGUAUGCGCGCCGUCCUCAAGUUCGCCCAGUACACCGGCGCCCAAUCCCUGGCCGGACGAUUCACCCCCGGUACCUUUACCAACCAGAUCACCAAGCAAUUCCGUGAACCCCGUCUCUUGAUCAUCACCGACCCCCGAACCGAUUCGCAAGCCGUUCGUGAGGCUUCGUACGUCAACCUUCCCGUGGUUGCCUUUUGCGAUUCCGACUCUCCCCUCCAGUACAUCGAUGUUGCCAUCCCCGCCAACAACAAGGGUAAAUACUCGAUUGGUUUGAUGUACUGGUUCCUGGCCCGUGAGAUCCUCCGCCUCCGUGGAUCCGUCAGCCGCACCAGCGACUGGGACGUCCCCGUCGAUCUCUUCUUCCACCGCGACGUCGAAGAGCUGAAGAAGAGCGAGGAGGAACAAGCCCAGAAGGCCGAGGAAGCCGCCGCCGCUCCCCCCGCCGCCUACGAGGAGAUUGCUGCCGCCCCCGUCGAGGUGGAACCCGUUGCCGCCGAGGCCCCGGCCCCGGCCGCCGGAUUCGAGGCCCCCGCCAAUGGGCUCUGGGAGGGCGGACAAGCCGCCACCACCACCGCCGCCGGUGACUGGUAAAUUCCUUAGUCAUCUAUACUAAUAGAAGUACUUUCUAGCAUUCGAUCAUCAACAGCUAUUACGGGGAUAAUUUUAUCUAAAAGUGAUUGGUUUGCCAACAUUCCAUUUUGUGCUUUCGGUUUCUAGUGCGGAAUGAAGAGGAUCGAAACGGAAAAAGAUUGAUCGGCCGGCUUGGCUAAAUUCGUGUUCAUCCAUCAUAGUUUGUCACGUCCGAGAGACAUCCUAUUCAUUGCCAAUGUUGGGCAUGCAGAUACUAAUGAUUUCCCAAAAACUACAUCAAAUAGUAGGUACCUCCUACCACUGAUGGAGCACCAAACCAUUCUUACUUUUUUCCAUCACGAUGUCAUCCCAAUAGGGCGAUAUCACACAUACUAAUUUCAUUUGCGAAUGCACAGAGAACAAAUCCAUCAUCACAAAAAAGGAACCGAUCUGUCAAUGCAAAGGUACCACUGCUACUAGUAGCUACUAGUAGAACUGUGUUUAAUCUACUUGCAAGGUGUGUCCAGCUGCUGCAGUAUUAGCUAGUAUAGUGCGAUACUACUGGUAGUUCUUUGAUAACCUUGUUUGUAGCAUCUUCUUGGCGGAGCUUCCAGUGGAACAAACAGGCACCACGAGGUAUAUCAUAUUGGGGGAGAAAUUCAAAAGGGGGUUCGGAAUGCGAAAUGUGGGUGGAUUCGAUGAGUACUUUGUGCAUUGUAUUGGAAUACAGUAUUGUUUGUACG